AUUAAAAGGUCGAAAAUUUUGGGGGUUUCUCUGUGUCUUUUUCGGUAUCUCUGUUGUGAUUGGAACUUAGGGUUUGUGACAGGAGCUCUGUUUUUGAUGUUCUGAGUAUUGUAACGAUUCAAUGGUUGGUGACUUUUUGUGCAGUUGCAUCGGUGUGUAGUUUGCUAGAUCGAAAAGGGGCUUAUUCGCUUCUGUGUGUUGGUUUACAAGAUGGCAUCUGCGACUCUUAGGAGACGGCUUCAUCACGGGGAUGUAGAUGGGAGAAAGUAUGAACGUUAUGAUGCAACAGACUCCGAAACUUUAAGCGAGCCCCUGUUGAGAAGUAGUAGCGAUAGUAAAGAUGCGUACAAUGAGGAGCUUACUCUGGAGGAUAUCUGGGAAGAAGAACGGAAGAAACAGCAAGUUCACUGGACGUUUAUCUUUUCUGAGCUGAUUGCACAAUGGGCUCAGUGGAUAGCGAAAGUUGUCUUUGGAUCUGGCUCGCUCUUUGGGAAGUUCCUUUCUCUGUCUCAUAUAGGUUCUGGUGGAAGGCAUUUGCCACCUCCUCUUAGUAUGUUACAGGAAGAAAGGCUGAGAAACAUUAAGAGAAGAAUAGAAAUACCCUUUGAUGGAUCUCGAAUGGAGCAUCAAGAUGCACUACGACAACUAUGGAGGUUAGCGUAUCCACAGAGGGAACUACCACCUCUUAAAUCCGAACUCUGGAAGGAGAUGGGAUGGCAAGGAACAGACCCUUCAACAGAUUUUCGAGGUGGAGGAUAUAUAUCACUGGAGAAUCUGAUCUUCUUUGCAAAGACCUAUCCGGAAUCAUUCCAUAGAUUGUUACAUAAACAAGAUGGAACAAGAGCCGAAUGGGAAUAUCCCUUCGCUGUCGCUGGCAUCAAUAUCUCAUUCAUGCUUGCACAAAUGUUAGAUCUCCAAUCAGGUAAACCGUCAACGCUAGCUGGGAUAAGGUUCUUGGAGUUUCUGGAGGAAGACGAAAUGGCGUUUGAUAAUCUUUACUGCGUAGCUUUCCAAAUGAUGGAUGCACAAUGGCUUGCAAAACGAGCUUCUUACAUGGAAUUCAAUGACGUUCUGAAAUCAACGAGAGCACAGUUAGAGCAUGAGCUGGCCCUGGAGGAUGUUUCGAGCAUUAAAGAUUUGCUUUCUUUCAAACUAUUGCACAAAUAACAUUUCUUUCUCUUUUGUAUUUGCUUUAGUUUUUCCUGUAAUUUCUAUCUGUGUUUAUACAAUAAUUUGAGAAAUACAGUGUAAUGAAUAAUCAGUUCUUGCUAAAAUUGCUUGGCAAGUUAUUAUUUCUUUUAACUGAU